ACAUUUUGAAACGAACAGCUUUCACCGCUGGCCAGAUAACGUCCUUCUAUGGACCUCGCCAAGGUGUCUUGAUCUGAUAGCACUCUAGCUACUACCAGAAAUGGUCACCACAUACGAGAAAUAACACAUUGAAAAGUGUUUUCCGACGACUAUUACGAAAUCUAAAAACGCUGUUUAACAAGAUCUAAAAGGGAAACAUGGGAAUUAUCGCUAGUAAUUCGUACUUAGCCGCAUUUAGUAUGGGGGCUUUCGUUGGAGCAACAUCUGCGUAUUUCCUUGUCAAAUUUCGCGGGGUGCCUAAACCCAAGAAAGAUGUGGUUUGGCAGAACGGGAUGGAAGAAAGAUACCAGUUCGAAGAUACCGCCGAUGAGUUCCGGUUAAUAUUGGGAGUGAGGAACGAUCUAAAAAUGCAAAAGGGUAAAGUAGCUGCUCAAUGUGGCCACGGGGCGAUGGCCGCCUAUGCGAAGACGUUGAGUUCGUCGCCUAAACUGUUGCGAAAUUGGUUGAGGAACGGAGGAACGAAAAUUGCCGUCCGUGUAGAUUCCGAAGAACAACUGCUAGAACUUGAUAAGAAAGCUAAAGAAAUGAACGUUCUGUCCUGCAUUAUUAGGGACGCGGGACAAACCCAAGUGCUUCCAGGAACAAGGACCGUUAUCGCCAUCGGACCCGCCCCGAAAAGUGUUUUAGAUAAAAUUACCGGACAUCUAAAAUUGUAUUAAAAGUAGGAACUAAAUUAAAACAUUAAACAUCUUCCUCGUUAUUAUUAUCAUUGGCUUACGUUAAAAC